UUUAAAUGGUUGUAUGAAGUUAAUUGUCUCUGAAUUUGGAACAGAAAUUAGAGUGUAUUACGCGAGGAGGUUGAACUAUAUUUUCUUCAUAUUGUGUUAUUGGGCGAGCAUGUAAACACUCGUAGGCCUACACAUUUUGUGCAACGUGGACUCGUGAGUGGCCAGUGUGUGCAGAGAAAGGACCAAAAAUGGGGUUGCUUGAGAAAUUAAAAGAAAACUGGUUUUUGAUAGGGAUCAUAGUUGUCAUACUUGCUGCAAGAGCAGAGCCGUCAAUUGGACAGAAAGGCGGACCUCUUCUACCAGAGAUAACUGUCAAAUAUCUUGCGGUGUCCAUCAUAUUCUUCAAUAGUGGUCUUUCACUAAAAACAGAGGACCUGAAGAGUGCAUUGCUACAUGUCAAGCUACACUGCUAUGUACAGCUCUUCACAUUAGCAUUUGUUCCCUGCUUUAUAUGGGUUCUUAUCAAAUUCCUGUCAGUCUCAGAUAUAGAUAGCUGGCUCCUAAAAGGGUUACAGGUAGUAGGAUGCAUGCCCCCACCUGUAUCAUCAGCUGUCAUCCUAACUAAGGCUGUUGGAGGAAAUGAGGCGGCAGCUAUUUUCAAUUCAGCUUUUGGCAGUUUUCUGGGUAUAAUUGUGACGCCUAUCUUGUUACUUAUAUUUAUGGGAUCAUCAUCUUCAGUGCCUUUCAGUUCUAUUUUAAGUCAACUUUCAAUGACUGUAGUAGUGCCUGUGAUAGCUGGGCAGAUUGUCAGGCAGUUCAUUAAGGAUUGGUUAGAGAGGACCAAACCUCCAUUUGGCCAGAUGGGUAAAGGAGUUUUACUACUAAUUAUUUACUGUACAUUCUGCGAUACAUUCUCAAACCCUUCUCUUCAAAUCAACCACUACAGCCUUAUUGCAAUAGCAGUUGUAGUGUUAUUGGUGCAGCUGUUUUUACUUCUCCUCACAUUCCUAUCUUCACAAUUACCCUUCUUUGGCUUCAGCCCGGCCGACACUGUAGCCAUUAUGUUCUGUUCGACGCAUAAAUCAUUAACGUUAGGUAUACCUAUGUUGAAGAUAGUAUUUGCUGGUUAUGAUCAUCUUUCCCUCAUCUCCAUACCUCUCCUAGUCUACCAUCCCACCCAGAUACUACUAGGUGGGGUAUUAGUAGAAUAUGUUAGGAAUUGGAUGGUAGCAGCUCAGAAAACAAGGAGCAAAGAAGGAGGACUCAGUAGUGUUACCUCAACAGACGGCUCAACCACACCCAGAACCAGGAUCCCAAAAAGUUAGACCAGGAACCGAAGACAAAGGAGAUGGACCAACUAUAAAGCCAGACUGAAAACAAGACCAGAGCUGAAAAUGAAAGAAUUAUUUGCUGAAAGUUUAUCUUUCGGUGGUCGGACUACUAAAAGAGAAAGUCUGAUAAAUAGUCCAUUUUGUUUUAAGCAUAAUCUUUGUAUUUGUUAUGUUUUGGAGGACCAGAUGUACAAUUUUUUUAUUUAUUAGAAG